GUGACGCCUCAGCCCCGCCCCGCUGUUCAGCUCUGCGCCUUUCCCAGCCAUGGCAACGUCCCCCCAAAAGUCUCCUUCCAGCCCGAAAUCCCCCACCCCAAAGUCUCCCCCCUCCCGGAAGAAAGAUGACUCGUUCCUGGGCAAGUUGGGGGGCACCCUGGCCCGGAGAAAGAAGGCCAAAGAGGUGAGCUGCGGCGGAACUCUGACCGUGCCGGUGGGAAUUUCUCCAGCCCCGGAUACACAGAAGCCGUACCCUCCUUUCAGUGACUGUACCUGGACUAUGAUUGCCCCGGUGGGGUACAAGUGAUAGCAAUGGUGGAAGGGGAAUGACGACGAAUGAUGAUGUUCUUCCUGGAUAAAACAGAGAGAAGAUCAGAAACAAAUAUUUCACAGCGCAACUGAACGCAAAGUUUGUAAAAGUUCCUUUACUACUUACCUGGCAGAUGUUGGUCUCAGGGGUCGGCGGCUCUGGGCAGAUGUCAAUGCCACAUCCAACCGACGGAACCUGAUUAAGAGAGGAAAAUAAAUCAGAUUCACACAUUUCUGGAUUUUUCACCAAAAACCUCAAUCCUCAUUUUCACAAGAAUUUCCAUGUGCUUACAAACAAUACAAAUCAUGGAAACCCCUUGAGCCAAAUAUUCAAUAAAGGCUACAAUUUGCCCAGCGCGGCUCCCACUGA